AAGUGAAGACCUAGUUUUUCACGAGCCAAUCCGGAAGCGUCAAGUGAGUGCGUUCAAGGCGACUGCCUGGUUGAGAUCAACGUAAAGCUAUGGAACCAUUGGUCGGGGCUGUUUGUGUUGCUGCUGUGUUUUUAGUUUGGAUACCAGCGCAUUGCGCAGGUGUCCAGUUUGGUCCACGUGUGACCAGAUGCCAACUGAUUGACACAGCCAUCAAAGAAGCUUCUGGGCUGGCUGUUAGCAAGGUCCACCAUGGAGUCGUGUACACUCACAACGAUAAAGGUGGACUGAAUGUGAUCUUUGCUGUCAAUACUACAGACUGUAGUACGGUCGCAACAAUGUCCAUUAACUCCGCAAGUAACUGGGACUGGGAAGAUCUGAGUUACGGUCCUUGUUUAGAUGAUUGUGCUCGUCAACCAUGUAGGGUCGACCUUACAACCCAGCGCUACUGUAUCUACAUAGCAGACAUUGGAGAUCAUGGCGGUGACGGGCCCGCAGACGACAUUUACGUCAUCAGAGAGCCCCCCACUCUAACAAACACAAGCCUGGACAUAGCAGGCACUAUAAGGUUCAACUGGACAGAGCUGGACGCUGAAACAUUAAUGCUCUCUCCUGACGCUCGACUGUUCAUUGUGUCCAAAGUUCACGGUGGCCACGCAACUAUAGCACAGAUUCCAUCGUCGGCUUGGAACUUGGCUGACAGGGUCACGCUGGACAAGAGUCAUGUGGCGACCCUCAGAAUCAACACUACCAGCAACGACCCCCAGGGAGGAGAAAUCUCACCCGAUGGUCGCGCAAUGUUACUGGUAGCCGAACACAAUAUUUAUUACUAUAGCGUACCAGAUGGUGACUUCAUCCAAGCGGUCAAAGAUCAAAUCCCCACGCAGGUGAACACUUAUGAGAGGGCGCCAGGCUCAGAGGGUAUCGCCUGGUCAGAGGAUGGUAAAUCCUUUUUCGUCCUGCCGGAAGGAAGACACCCCUACUUGUACACCUACACGGUCGAUAGGUCAGCAGAAGUGGUAGUUGGUUGAUUGACUGACCACACACGAUUAGCAGUAAUACCUGAACAAGAUGGUUUUUUGGGUAUAAUAGCGAGUCUAUUGACACAAACUUUGACAAAUCAAGUCGAAACAAUUUAAUGAUGAUGAUAUGCUUAUGUCUCUAUAUUUGUAUGUAU